AUGGCGUUGCAACCGCCCGUGAAAGGCGCGGUAGAAUUCUGCUUUACCAACGCUCAUGAGCGCUAUUGGAUAACGCCGAAUGAGGAGUUCUCCACCGGACGCGUGGAGCAACUACUUGAGAAAGUCCUUGAACCUAUGAAGAUUUACUACAAUGUUGUCAGGGAAGGUUUUAAUCUUCAUCGAGAAGCUAAAUUCUUUGAGCUCGUGCACAACUUUGAAGACAAAAGCUUCAAUCGUGAUUCUAUUGAUGCUGAUGGUCGGACUCCCCUUUCCUGGGCUGCAGAGAACGGUCAUGAGGGCACUGUGACGCUCCUACUGGAUCAAGGAUCAAACCUUGGCUCUAGAGAUAAAAAUGGUCGGACUCCCCUUUCCUGGGCUGCAGAGAACGGUCAUGAGGGCACUGUGACGCUCCUACUGGAACAAGGAUCAAACCUUGACUCUAGAGAUAAAAAUGGUCGGACUCCCCUUUCCUGGGCUGCGGAGAAAGGUCAUGAGGGAACUAUCAGGCUCCUACUAGACGAGGGUUCAAACCCAAAUUCUAGGGAUAAAAAUGGCCGGAAUUCCCUUUCAUGGGCUGCAGGGAACGGUCAUGAGGCCACUGUCAGAAUCCUACUUGAAAAGAUAGCAAAUCCUGACUCCAUUGACAAAAACGGCCGGACUCCACUUAUAUGGGCCGUCGAAGAGCGUCAUGACAGCAUUAUUAAUCUGUUAAUGGAGAAUGGAGCCAAUUCUGGAUGUCCACUUUUGUGGGCUGUGGAGAAGGGCCAAGAGGGGACUAUUAAGCUCUUAUUAGACAAGGGAGUCAAUCCUGACUCUACUGAUGCAGCUGGCCGAACUCCACUCUCAAGGGCUGCAGAGCAGGGCCAUGAGAGCGUAAUCAAGCUCCUACUGGACAAUGGAUCAAACCAUGACUCUAGAGAUAAAAUGGGUCGGACUCCCCUUUCCUGGGCUGCAGAGAAAGGUCAUGACGGCACUAUCAGGCUCCUACUAGACAAGGGUUCAAACCCAAACUCUAGGGACAUGAAUGGUCGGACUUCCCUUUCAUGGGCUGCAGAGAAUGGGCAUGAAGCAACCGUAAAUUCAUUACUUGAGAAGGAGGCAAGUCCAGAUACUAUGACAGGGAUUGCUAGGGCGCCGCUAUCAUGGGCUGCGGAGCAUGGUCAUGUAGGUAUCGUGCGCCUGUUACUUCUUAAAGGUGCCGACCUAGAGGCCCGAGCACCGGAUCGUCUUAAGCCACCUUGGGCCCAAAGGGAAUAUUGGUAUGGUCGGACGCCGCUGUCAUGGGCGGCACAGAAAGGACACCUGGAAAUUGUCCAGUUGCUCCUAGAUAAGGGUGCUAACCCUGACCCGCGAGAUCUAUAUACUUCUCGAACACCACUUAUGUGGGCAGUAGAGAACAGCCAGGAAGAAAUCGUCAAACUGCUACUGGAGCGCAAGGCUUUCCCUAACGCUCGUGAUAACCAAGGGGCCACAACAUUGUCGAUUGCGAAAGCGAAAGGUCACAGAGGAAUUAUCGAGUUGUUGGACGAGAAAGGGGCUUACUAA